UCAAGAACUGGACGCCUUGAACGGCGAACGUUGAUACUUUGAGAUAUAGCUUAACUUUAUCUCGUGGAAAACUUAUUUGAACGUCACAAUGAGUGCCCUCGGUGUGGUUGAACAUCUCAGGAACUUAGCCGCUGAUCCUCAAAACAGAGCUACCAUAGUUAAAGAUCAAGGAUGCCUAGCAGGACUGGUUUUAUUUCUAGACAAUGAAGAUGUCAUCGUCGUUAUCACAGCACUUGAGGCUUUGAAGUUUUUAUCAGAAUUUCAACCCAACCGUUCGAAAAUGAGAGAAGAAAUAGGCAUGGUUAUCAGCUUGAAAACCAUAAUGCACAAAGAAGGCUACCACUCCAAAGCCAAACAGCUUGCAAACGAGGUUUAUCAAAAUAUCAUUUCAUCUGUGAAGACACCUUCGAGUAGAAGAGCCAGUGAGGCAUCUCAAUCAUUUUUCCUUGGAAAUUUGAACAAGAGAGCUAAAGUGGUCACACUUCACAUCAAAGGCUUGGCAAAUCAGGUCACCAGAAAGCUUUGUGAAGAAGAAUUACUGAAAGUUAAAGGAGUAAUAAGCUUCACAUUUGUUAUGAAUAAGUCAAGAUGCAUAGUCAGAUGUAAAUUGGAGCUAACACCUGAAACACUGUGUGACACCAUCAACAACACGAAAGUUCUGUCAGCUCAACAAGUGAUUAAGAAUGAAAGAGGCGAAGAGGUGAUGUUGUCCUUUGGCAAAGCUCCUGCCAAGAGCUAUGGAAGGGGAAACAGCAGUGCCUUACCAGAUUAUCUGCCUGAAGAUGAUGAAGAUACAGUCAUCUCUGACAAGGCAAUCACCAGGGUUGGAGACGACAAAGAAAAUGGGUGGUUUUCCAGCGUUACAAGCUUUUUUAGCAAGACACUGUAUUGGUAGAAAGGCCAGAAAAGAAAAUAAGCAGAAAUAUUUUGUAAAUAUUCGAAGACUGAGUGUAAAACUAAAUUUAAGUUCAACAUUUUGUAAACCAUUUCAAAAUUAAGAUCCCUCAAUCCUACUUGCUCUUUUUCUCCUGAAUAAGCUUUUGUUACUUUGGAGUACUUGUUGCAAUUUGAUAAGCUUAAAAUACUCCAAUCUUUAAAGCUGUUAUUAACUGUGUUUACUUGCAAAUUUUAAAUUUUGGAUGGUAUGAACUCUUAAAUAAGCUUCAAAACGGAUUAAACUCAAGAGAGCUGAUAAUCUUUUUAACCUUAUAACUCCCAAGAUCUGGUUGUUAAUUCUCCCCUCAAGCCUGUACAUAUUUCCUUGUAAGUUAGUUACAAGAAUAUGG